AAAUCCAGCUUCCACCCCGUUCGGUCUUCCUCCCUGCCAGAGGCCAUGUUCUCCCGGCAGUUCAUCAACCUGGUGGUGAAGGAUUUUCGAGUCGGCGGCUCGUAUUGGCUUAGCCGCUUGAUGCCCGAGGAGAAUAUCUGCGUCAAGGCCAACGCUAAUGGUGACCAGGACUCUCUCUACGCCAUCAACAGGGCCUACCCCAGCGAAUUUGAGGCUCUUGUCCAUUGCAACCCAUAUGGGCUUGGGAGGCGUGAUGAAAAUAAGGCUUGGCACUGGCGGAAGCUCCCGCUGCCGCCCUACCUUGACCAUCCAGACUGCGAAGACCGCACCAUCCAGUCAUACACGCUGCUUGAAGACGGCAAGACCAUCUGCUUCUCUUCAGUCCGUGACAAAGGUGGCUUUGGCACCUACUUCUUCGACACGUCCAACCACCAGUGGGCCAAGGCAGGCGGCUGGGUGCUGCCCUUCUAUGGUCGUGCUCUGCAAGUCCCAGAGCUCCAUGGCCUCUGGUUUGGCAUCGGUGACAACCAGCAUGAGCUCUGUGCCGCUGACCUAUCUUCUCUAGACUGUGCUCCCGAGGUGCUGCACAGGUGGCAAAGCUCCAACCCUCCCAAACACUGGCUCUUGAUUGGUAGCAGCAUGGUGUACCUGGGGGCCAACAGGUUUUGCGUGGCCAAAACCUUUGGCGUUUAUAGCAAACCCCAGAAGCAUGAUGAAGAACUAGCACCUCAUACGGCUGCUAUCCUCACUGGCGUGGAGAUUGUGAAUGGAGAAGCAAAUAAAGGCAAGCUGCGCAUGGUCGAGCACAAGAGCAGAACAUACAUCUUUGAGCGCUGUGGCAUUAUGUCUGUGUUCUAGCUGUCUGCUUCUAUCCUCAUCAGUGUGGAGACUGUGAACGGGGGAAAAAGAAAACAAAGACUUGCUGACCGUAUGGUCGAGCACAAGAGCAGAACUUACAUCUUUGAGCGCUGUGGCAUUGUGUCUGUGCUAUAACUGUCUGCUUCUAUCCUCGUCAGUGUGGAGAUCGUGAAAGGAGGAGAAAAUAAAGACUUGCUGAACGGAUGGUCAAGCACAAGAGCAAGAACCUGCAUCUUCGAAUGUAGCAUUGAGUCUGUCCUCUAAUCGUCUGUCCUUUGUUUAGUUUCAACACUGAAGUUGUUACAGCAGCUUCAGCUUUGUAGCAGCUUGUCCCCCAAUAUAUCUGUAUCACUCCGUAUGUUAUCCUGGUAGGAAGGUUAAAGUUCCACCUCCAUCAAUGUAAUAUGAAACUUUCUUCUAGUAGUAUUUAUCAUGAUUUUUCUUUUACAUCUUCAUAAAUGUUAGUAUAUCAUCGCUGUAACUUGAAAAUUUUAUAAAGAGUCUGUCCACCAUGUAUUAUCA